AUGGAUAGAGAGAGCUAUGAGACACUAUAUGCCAGGUCUAUAGAGGAUAAUGAGGGCUUCUGGAGGGAACAGGCAGAGAAGUGUUUAAAGUGGGACAAGAUGUUCAGCAAGGUACACGGAGGUAUUUUUGAGGAUUCAAAGUGGUUUGAAGAUGGGAUGCUUAAUGCAUGCUACAACUGCAUUGAUAGACAUGUAGAACGAAAUCCGAAUAAGACUGCAAUUAUAUACAAUGGAAAUGAUGGUAAUUCUGUAUCCUACACUUAUAGAGAGGUUCUUGAUGAGGUUAUGAAGAUAUCCACUGUGAUGAAGAAUGAGGGGCUUUGCAAAGGAGAUACGGUUGCAAUACACAUGGCGAUGUCACCUCAGGCAGUUUUUUCAGCACUGGCAUGUGCACGUCUUGGAUUGGUUCACAAUGUGAUAUUUGGAGGAUUUAGCGCCGAUAGUGUUGCACUUCGUCUGGAGGAUUCAAACGCCAAGUUUCUGAUAGUGCAGGAUGCAUUUGAGAGGUCGUCCUCAGUUAUAGGCUUUCUUGAGACUGCAAAGGAUGUGCUUUGUAGAAAGCCGAUUCCAGCACUUGUGUUUGAUGUGCACUAUAAAAGGGAAGAAAUAAUGAAUGAGUUAAGAGGUGUAGAAAGUAAGGUGAUUAUUUGGUCUGAUAUGAUGAAUCAAAGUGUGGAGUAUGUCCCGUGCGUUUCUGUUGGUGCAGAGGAUCGAAUGUUCUACUUGUACACUAGUGGAAGUACAGGAAGGCCAAAGGGAAUUAUUCAUACAACUGCAGGCUAUCUAUUAUAUGCAACGCUUACAUCUAAGGUUUGUUUUGACCUGAGAGAAGACGAUGUGUUUGCAUGUACAGCAGAUAUUGGGUGGAUAACUGGACAUACAUAUGUGAUAUACGGGCCGCUUUCUAAUGGAGUGACUACGGUUGUGUUUGGAGGCACUCCUGUGUAUCCAUCGUACUAUAGACUGUUUGAGAUGGUUGAUAAGCAUAAGAUAACUCAGUUGUAUACGGCGCCCACCGUGAUUCGAACACUUAGGAAGUAUUUUUCUACAAAUACUAUGCAGCAUAACUGCAACUUGUCGAGCUUGAGAAUACUUGGUUCUGUUGGAGAGCCUAUCAAUAGAAAGGCAUAUACAUGGUUUAGUGCGAAUUUUAAUAACUGUCCGGUGGUGGACACUUAUUGGCAGACAGAGUCUGGAGGAGUGCUUAUUGCGCCGAUUCCAUAUGUGGUGGAUAAAAAGCCUGGAUGUGCGUGCCUUCCAUUCUUUGGGCAGGAUGUUUUGAUUGCAACGACGUCGUCUGGCCAAAUGAAUGUUAGAGAAGCAGGACCUAAGGAGCUAGGACAUGUCCUUCUCCGAAUGUCUUGGCCAAGCAUAGCAAGGGGAAUUCUUGGUGAUUUUGAAAGGUUCAGGAAUGGGUAUUUUUGCUAUAAUGGAUUUUACUUUACUGGAGAUGAAGGAUACAAGGAUUCUGAAGGACAUGUAUGGAUUAUGGGAAGGGCCGAUGAUGUAAUAAAUGUGUCUGGACAUCGGAUAAGCACUGCUGAGAUGGAGAAUGCAGCAUGUAUGGAUCCGUGUGUGGCUGAAUCUGCAGUUGUUGCAGAAGAUGAUGAAAUAACCGGGCAAGCACUUUGUUUCUUUGUAGUAUUGAAAGAUAAGCAGAUUUGUCAAGAAGAGGCAAGAAAGUCGUUGAGAGCAACACUGAGAUGCAAAGUUGGAAGGUUUAUAAAUCCAAAGAGCAUUUUUGUGUGCAAGGAGAUUCCAAAGACAGCCACUGGAAAGAUUAUGAGAAGGGUUCUCAGGGCGAUUUUAGUAGAUGAGCCGAUAGGAGAUGUUUCUACUUGUAUCAAUCCAAGUGCGAUUGAGGACCUGAAGAAUUUAAUGCUUUCGGAGUAA